GAUGAGGCGCAGUUGUCCCGUGUGGACAGCGUGUUUGGAACGACUGUGGGAGGUGCCGCUCCAGUAAGGGUCCUGACCCCCACAACUCACUGUGAAAGGAGCCAGGAGUGCCCCAGCAGCCCAGUGUCGGGGGGAGUGUUGCCAGUCCUCUGGUUCAGUGUGAUUGCUUCUUCCUCCUGUUGUAAUGUCCUUCUAAGCAUUCUGCCUGCCUUCGUCUCCCACACCCAGCUGCCAGCUGACUCUUCCUAAAACACUGCUCGGAAAUGUCGUUGACCUGCUCCCUACUGCCUGCAAAAGAAUAUCCUGACUUCUUGGCUUGGCAUUCAAGGCCGGCCCUGCACACUUGUCAAUCCAUCCUUGCCCCAGACACACUUUACAGAGUUCCUUCUGCAGGAAAUGUCUUUCCUUCAUCUCUAAUUGUUGAAAUCAGACCCUGUUCUUCAAGGUUUCGUUCCAGCAUAACCUCAGUGAAGCCUCCUCUGUUCCAGCCUGUGAGAUGUGACCCCUCUUUUCCCUGAGGUCACUUUCCCCCUCUCCUGUGUCUUCACACUACAGUGGGGGUGUUCGUAUUCGCAUCUCCAUGCACCGGAUCUAAACCAUCCUUGCCUUGCUCGUGGUGUCUCGUGUAGUGGCUUGUGCAUGGAAGGCACUGAGAAGACAGUCACUGAAUAAACUCUUUGAGGAGUAGGCACUCAGUACUGUGGUGGAGGACAGCAUGAGACAUUUACUGUGCAAGGAAAGGGAAGAAAUGCCCUUUAUUGGAGACGUUUUUUGGGAAAGUGGUACUUAGCAGUUCAAGGCCAGUUCUAGCCAGAGCGUGGAGAUGGAGAGAGCACUUCUGAAAAAAGGCGGGAGCCCAGCAUCGACCUGCUGGGGGCCUUUGUGGAGCACUGGAAGGGCAUCACACACUACUACAUCGAAAGCACAGAUGAAAACACCCCAGCCAAGAAAACGGAUAUUCCCUGGCGCUUGAAGCAGAUGCUGGACAUCCUGGUGUACGAGGAGAGGCAGCAGGCAGCGGCCAGCGAGGCGGGGCCCUGUCUGGAGUACCUGCUGCAGCACAAGAUCCUGGAGACACUGUGCACGCUGGGCAAGGCUGAGUACCCGCCAGGCAUGCGGCAGCAGGUGCUCCAGUUCUUCAGCAGGGUGCUGGCCCAGGUGCAGCACCCGCUCCUGCAUUACCUCAGCGUCCACAGGCCUGUGCAGAAACUUCUCCAGCUUGGUGGGACAGUUCCUGGAUCCCUCACAGAGAAGGAAGAGGCACAGUUCACCACUGUCCUCUGCUCCAAGAUCCAGCAGGAUCCAGACCUGCUCACCUACCUCCUGGAAGGUAAGAUUGUCAGUAGGAAGAAAGCAUCCAGAGAACCCUCCGCCCUGCCUAGAGAGGCAGCCAGCGUCAAAGACAAGGAGCACCCCCACAGCAAGGCUCCUGACAGGGCUUCCUGUGGGACCCGGGCCUUGACCACCCAGCUGCCUGCUGAGACCCAGGAGCCAGAUGGAGGGCCUGGGGAGGGCAGCCUGAUCACCUCCCUGAUUGGGCUGUGCAAGAGCAAGAAGAGUCGGGUGGCCCUGAAGGCCCAGGAGAACCUACUGCUCCUGGUGAGCGUGGCUUCCCCGGCAGCUGCCACCUGCCUGGUGCAGAGCAGCCCUUGCUGCCCUGCAAUUGUCGAGCACCUGUGCCGGCUAUACCGCUCCGUGCCCACCUUCCUGGACCCUGCGGACAUUGCCACGUUAGAGGGCAUCAGCUGGAGGUUACCCAGCGCCCCAUCUGAUGAGGCCUCCUUCCCUGGCAAGGAGGCCUUGGCUGCCUUCUUGGGCUGGUUUGAUUACUGCGACCACCUCGUCACAGAGGCACACCCGGUGGUUGCAGAUGCCUUGGCAAAGGCUGUGGCUGAGAAGUUAUUCAUGGAGAUUCUGCAGCCCCAGCUCCUGCACGUGUCUGAGCAGAGCGUCCUGACGUCCACUGCCCUGCUCACGGCCAUCCUGCGCCAGCUCCGCCCCGCUGCACUGCUGCGGGAGGCUGUGGCCUUCCUCCUGGGCCCCGACCAGCAGGCCGCAGCCCCCGAGGACAGCCCCCGCACUCUGUGCUCCCACCUCAUCGGGCACUGUGACCAUCUCUCUGAUGAGAUCAGCGUCGCCACACUGCGGCUGUUUGAGGAGCUGCUCCAGAAGCCCCAUGAGCAGAUCAUCCGCAGCCUGAUCCUAUGCAACCUCGAGGGCCGCCCAUAUGUGGCCCGGGGCUCACCGGAGCCUGAGAGUUACGAGGACACCCUAGAUCUGGAGGAAGACCCCUACUUCACUGACGGCUUCCUCGACUCCGGGUUUCAACCCUCCACAAAACCUCCCCCGGCCCCUGCCACCAACUCAGAUGGCAGAACAGCAGUGACCGAGAUCGUCAACAGUUUCCUCUGCCUAGUUCCUGAGGAAGCAAAGACCUCAGCUUUCCUGGAGGAGACCGGAUAUGACACGUACGUCCACGAUGCUUACGGACUGUUCCAGGAAUGCAGCUCCCGAGUCGCCCCCUGGGGCUGGCCUCAGAGUCUCACACCCUUGGACCCCCAUGAGCCCGAAAGGCCUUUCUUUGAGGGUCACUUCCUCCAAAUGCUGUUUGACCGAAUGUCCCGGAUUUUGGAACAGGUGAUCGGGGACUUGAUGCAGAGAAUUCAGAGGGUACCCCAGUUCCCAGGCAAACUGCUCCUGGUGCGCAAGCAGCUGAUGGGUCAGGUCCCUGGGGAGCAGCUGGACCACCAGACCCUCCUUCAGGGCGUGGUAGUACUUGAGGAAUUCUGCAAGGAGCUGGCUGCCAUUGCUUUUGUCAAGUUCCCCCCACAUGGUCCUCACGUGCACCUCUCCCCACCCUCAGAAGGGCAUGUCUGAGCCAGGAGCAUGGCAGGAGGAGAGACUCCUGUCUGCAUCUCUGCCCAAGAGCUGCCUCCUAUCUGGCAGUGCCACUGGCACUGUCUCCUCUGCAUCCCAGAGGCCUCAGCCUGGGAGGCUCCCAGGCUAUCUCAAGAAGACCUUGCCUCGUUGGGCACACCAAGCUGGGCUUUAGGGGGUGGGUCUCCAAGGUACCAGAAACCAAGGGGCAUUCUUUUGAGAUAUCCUCCUGGGCAGAAUGGUGUCCUCAGGGCCUUCUCAGGGGAGCUGGGUGAUGGCCAGGUGAGCACCCAGACCCUCUGUGCCUAUCACUUGCCCCUACAGGCCAUUUGUGGCCGGGGCCAAGACCUGUGACUCAAUGCCAGGGGCACGAGGUGGGGUGAGCUGAUGGCUCUGAGGCCGAUCAGUGCCACAGGCCAGAGAGUUGGGGGCAUGGAGCUGUCUCUGCCACACUAGGUACCACAGUUGCUGCUGAGACUUGACGUAUUUUCUCCUGUCUUGGCUUAACCCUUGGGGAAGGGGCAGUGGGCGGCAGGGGAAGCCCCCUCUUCCUGGAGACUGUUGCAAAAUUCCCAACCGCCUCAUGGCAAAUGCCCAAAGAUGCUCCGCACCCAGGCGGGGGCAGCUGCUAAUGAGAGCCCUGAUGCAGCUGCAGCCAGGGCAGGAGAGGGCCUGGGGAGCUGGGGGCUGGGUGCCAGGCUCCCGCUCCAGCUGCUUUCUCUCUGGCGCCUUCUGAACCUGUCUCAGCAGGUCCACAACACCUGGGCAGAGGGGCUCAGAGACCGGGAGGCCAGGCCUCGCCCUCAGCAUUCUGCCAAGCCCCCAGUGUUCUCAGUGGAACAUUCUUCUAGGGGAGCAAGGGAGCUCAGGGUACAGAUGAGGCCGGGAUGCCCAAUGACAACAGGCCCCCAAGGCCUGGAUGGGAGCGGCUGGGGCACAGGCAGCCAGUCAUGGUAUUCUCCCUGCAUGCCCUCCAUGGCCAGGGCUGCCACCCCACCCGGCCCGAAUCUGUCUCGACCUGCAGGAACACACAGGUGGCGCCAGGCAUUACCUCACAGCAAGACUGCAGUUGCUGGCUUGGCUCCUGGGCAAGGAGGAGCAGGCCAGAGCCCCUUUCGCUUCCUUUUCCUGCCCAUGCCGCUUGUAGAAGCUGGCCACAGGUUGCCAAGAGGUGACAUGAAAGAAGAGAAACUCAAUGACUUCUCUCUCUCCUGCAUUCCUCCGAGCUGGGGAGGACUUUGCUGCUCUGAAGGACACUGAGCAUGUGCAUGCAUGCGUGUGUGUGCACGUGGGUGUUGGUGUGGGACAGGAGAGUGGAGCUCAGUCGGGGAACUGGGGCUGGACUCUUCGAUUCCGAAGACAUUUAAGCAAUGUUCAAGCGUCCAGGAGUCACAGCUCCUCCUUCCUCGAUGCCUUUCGUCAGCAUUUGCACAGUGUCCCCCUACACAGCAUGGCAAUAAAUGUGGUUCCGUGGACACAGCC